AUGGAACAAAUGGAGAACUCCCUUGACGUUUCAAAUAAGUUAAAUUCGUCCUCAAAUAAUUCCGAUGCCCUCGCCGCAUUAGCCGAACGUGUGGAAGUGCUCAAUAAACUGGUCAAUUCUCAGCUGUCGAAACAGAAUGAUAACCGCGACGAAGCUGAACCGAACAUCAAAGUCUCUAUUGAAUUGCUAAAAAUGGUGAUAAGUGAUGUAAAAGAGGAGCUGGACAAUUUGGGCGAUACCAUCAAGGCGAUUUGGGUUACCUUUUGUCCUCUAUUGCUGCAGAUUGAGGCCAAAAGCGGCAGUGACAGUGCAGACGGGAGGAACGAACUUGAGGCGGCGCUGAACACCUUGAGAUUAGACGUAGCUGAUGUGUGUCAACGUGUCACUGGCAUUAUUAGCAUUUUUGAUAACCCCCACCUUCAAAACUACUUAAGACAAGGUAGUAGAAGGGAUACCGCUGAGCAGGACUGCAAUAAAAUCUCAUCAUCUCUACAACACGUGGCAAAAUUAGAGCAAAAUGAGCCGGUAUUACAACCUGAAGUGAACCAGAACAUUGAGAUUAUCGACUCGAGCGAAAUUUCACAUGACCUGGACGCAGCUCCCCCAGAUGAGGCCGGAACAAUUGCUCCUUUAAGUAGUCCUAAGCAAUCCGAUGCCCGUGCUGGCAAUCUUCCCAAACUCAUCGACGCAAUUGCCAUUCAUGGAGUAGACAUUAACACCUGCAAUGCGAGUGGACUGAAUGCUCUCCAUCUGGCCUCCAAGGAGGGUCACGUGGAGAUCGUCAGGGAGCUUCUUCGUCGUCACAUCGAUGUCAAUCAACCAACCCACAAAGGCAACACCGCACUUCACAUCGCCAGUCUGGCUGGCCAAUUCGAGGUGGCCAAGGUAUUAAUUGAAAACGGCGCUCUUGUCAAUGCCCAAUCACAGAACGGCUUCACGCCCCUCUAUAUGGCAGCCCAAGAAAACCACUUGGAGGUCGUGACUCUUUUACUAGCCAAUGGGGCGAACCCUAGUAUUACCACAGUGGACGGUUUCACGCCACUGGCUGUAGCCCUUCAACAAGGCCACGACCGCACUGUGGCCGUUCUUCUUGAAUCCGAUGCCCGCGGGAAGGUCUGUCUACCUGCUCUCCAUAUUGCUGCCAAGAAAGACGAUGUCAAGGCGGCUAGUCUCCUCCUCAAUGGCGACGUCAAUGUGGAUCACCAAUCAGCGAGUGGAUUUACGGCUUUGCACAUCGCAUCGCACUAUGGCAACGUGAAGAUGGUGGAUCUUCUUAUCUCCAGAGGAGCAGAUAUCAAUUUCCAAGCAAAGAACAAUGUCACAGCACUUCACGUGGCUAGCAAGUGGGGUAAUGUGGCUGUAGUUGAACGUCUGUUGGCUUCUGGUGCGGAACUCGAGUGUUUCACUCGUGAUGGCUUGACGCCACUUCACUGCGCCUCUCGUUCUGGUCAUGCUCAGGUCGUUCAAUUACUCCUCAACGCUGGUGCAAAUUAUUUCGCAAAGACUAGAAGUGGACUCACCGCUCUACACAUGGCGGCCCAGGGGGAUCAUCCAGAGUGUGUGAAGUUGCUGCUCCUACAAGGCGCCAAUGUGGAUGAUGUGACAAUUGAUAACCUUACGGCCCUUCAUGUUUCCGCGCAUUGUGGCAGUGUCCGAGUCGCGAAGAUACUUCUCGACGCUCACAGCAAUCUCAACGCAAGAGCUCGGAAUGGCUUUACGCCACUUCACAUCGCUUGCAAAAAGAAUCGAAUAAAAGUUGUGGAACUCUUUCUAAAGCACGGCUGUAUGGUGGAUGUUGCAACAGAGUCCGGCUUAACCCCGCUACAUGUUGCCGCUUUCAUGGGAAAUACCAACAUUGUGGUGUUAUUGUUAAAACACUCCGCUGAUCCAAAUGGCCAAACAAUGCACAAUGAAACGUCCCUUCACUUGGCGUCUCGUGCAGGUCGAAUUGAAACAGUCAAGUUGCUUCUUCGAAAUGGCGCAAUCGUUGACGCCAAAUCAAGGGGCAACCAGACGUGUCUACAUGUGGCCGCUCUUCUGGGAAACUGUGAACUUAUUACUGUCCUUCUGCAAAAUGGAGCCAACGUCCAAGCUGUCACCAAAGAUGGCCAUUCAGCGCUUCAUGUUGCCACAAAAGCCGGACAUGAUGAGGCUGUUUCCCUACUAUUGGAGUCUGGAGCACCAACUGAUGUAUUGACUAAGUCGGGAUUCACGCCACUGCAUCUAGCAGCGAAGUAUUCGCGAUUGAAACCGGCGCAGUUGCUGAUUGAGGCUGGAGCCCAGUUGGAUGUGCCGGGCAGGAAUGGACUUACGCCGCUUCAUUUGGCCUCACAUUAUGGAUCGGUCAGUGUGGUCAAAGCUCUUCUCGACAAAGGGGUGGAAGUCGCCAGGUUGCUUUUGAAGGAUAAAGCCGAUCCUAACGCCGAAUCUCGAAAUGGCUUUACACCCCUUCACCUCGCGGCACAAGAUGGAAGUGUAGAAAUGGUUUGCCUGCUUCUUGAUCACAAGGCAAAGGUCAAUGCUAGAGCUAAGAACGGUCUUACUCCGAUGCAUUUAGCCGCCCAAGAAGAUAGCGUAAAGGCAGCAGAGGUUCUCUACGCGGCGGGUGCUCUGCUGGAUCCAACCACAAAAGCCGGUUAUACCCCUCUGCACACUGCUUGUCACUUUGGUCAGGUGCUGCGACGAGUCACCACUUGCGUAGAGUCCUGGGAGGAGAUUGAUACCUACGAUGAACAGGUAGAGGGGGUGGACGGAGGUCCAGCUGAACCCAAGGCGACAGCUGAUUACUUCAAUUCUCACCGAGCGAGCGGGAUUCCACGACUGGAAUUGGAAAAGCCGGAUUUGAUGGCCGAGCACCCUGUCACUGACACGGAGGAUGAUCAAGGCGAGGUCGAAUACACCGCCAUCCCGCCAUCACCCAUGUUCUCCCGCGCCGUCUCGCAACAGGCCAUAGAGGAAGAGCGAGUCGAGCAGGUGGAGGCUGGUCGCGCCAAUCAGAAAGCGAUUCUGCGGAAGCAACUGUCCAAUGACAAUGCAGCUUUCACGAGAGGCGGUGCAAGGCUCUCGGACAAGCACUCUGUUGUCUCGGGAGAAGACAGCAUUGAUGAGGGUAUUGGCUACACGAUAAAUCAGUCGCAGUUUGCGCGUGAUAAGGACGCAAACGGGGUCUUUGUCGUUGGUAAUGGCUUUAGGGCAUCCGGCCAGCGUCUGAAGCGUGCAGAUCGUGAAAGCAAGUUCUCUGGCAACGGAAGUGAAAAUAUCGGCUUUUCAAGUGGUUAUGGUGGUCUCGAGUGGGACUUUGUUCCCGACAAUGCUCCUAUCUGUCGCAAGCCAAUCACAUCUGGAUUUUUGGUCUCCUUCUUGGUUGACGCACGCGGUGGUUCAAUGCGGGCAAGUCGGCAUCCCGGACUGCGAAUCAUGGUGCCCCCCAGUGCUGCAAGUGCCCCCACUCGCGUCACUUGUCGGAUGCUGCGUCCAGAGCGUACUACCGCACCGCCCCAGCUCAAUGAUGGAGAGGGUCUUGCUUGCCGCAUAAUCGAGUUGGGUCCUCAUCCAUGCCAAUUCAAUUCACCUGUCUUGUUGGAAAUCCCCCACUUUGCUGCUUUGCGUGGGAGACAACGUGAAAUUGUCGUGCUUCGCAGUGAUGAUGCUGAAACCUGGAAGGAGCAUUCUCUCGAGGCCACGGAUCAGGCGGUUCGGAAUGCUCUCGGAUCCGUCCUCGAUACUCUGGAGACCACGGAACAGUUGAAGGAGAAGCGAAUUUUGCGUGUUCUGAUGAGCGAUUUCCCCCAAUACCUGGCUGUGGUCAGUCGUCUGCGUCAGGAGAUCGCUCUCAUUGGUUCAGAUGGUGGUGUUCUUAGCUCCACUGUCGUACCGCAAGUUCAAGCCGUCUUCCCUGAGGGCGCGCUUCAGAAACGGAUUCGCGUGGGUCUACAGGCUCACCAAAUUCCAUCUGACAUGGUCACUCGCCUAGUGGGCACUCAGGUCACCGUCUCGCCCAUUGUCACCAUCGAGCCGAGGCGUCGCAAGUUCCACAAACCCAUCACCCUUACCAUCCCUCUGCCUCGUUCGGCUGUAUCCAGCAAACAACACCACGGUGGUGCCGGCGCCGACUCGGCGGCCAAUAGCAGCCUCCGACUCCUCUGCUCCAUCACCGGUGGCACGGCCUCGGCUGUGUGGGAGGAUAUCACGGGUUCGACACCGCUUUCUCGUGUCAAGGACUGUGUCUCAUUCACCACCACUGUCUCUGCUAGACUAUGGUUGAUCGAUUGUCUGGUGAUUAAUGCAGCGGUGGAAGUUGCAAUGCGUCUCUACAAGGAGGCGACAGCUGUUCCCUACAUGGGCAAAUUUAUCGUCUUCGCGAAACGUCCAGAAGUGGAUGAAGCCUUAAUGCGUUGCUUCUGCAUCACUGAUGACAAAGUUGACAAGACCCUUGAAUGUCAAGAGGGCUUUGACUUGGUUGCGGCCAGCAACGAAAUCGAGGUGGUUGACAAUCGCCCCACUUGGCUAGAGUCGUCUGGCAACCUCGCUCCUGUUGUCAAAGCCGAUGAUCAGCUGAGACUUCAUUUCAACGCCUUUAGAGAGAACCGUCUGGCUUUCCCUGUGCGUAUCAAGGAUCCACAGCUGGAACCAUCUGGAAAACUCGCUUUUGUUCGCGAUCCACGUCCAGGCAGUGUGAAUGAAAUAAAACCCAUGCUCCAGGUAUUUGCUACUUCUACGAACUGUCGACUUAAUUACUUAUCCGUCCACAAGGUUUUUGAAUCUUAUUGUAUUUUUACGGAACAGGAAUUGGGAGGAACGACUAUCAAAGAAGCACUGCCAGUUAGGUCAAUUUGUGGACUAGAGGUAGUUCUGCCCUCGGAAAUUGGCGGUACUAGAUCCGGAUCCGUGUUGAUUAGUGGUGCUGACGGUGCGCACACAAUUGCCUCGACAACAGCGGCUACGUCAGUGGUGUCGUUGUCCUGUUCUCAGCCGCAGCACUUUGAACAUCCCAUCCAGAAUCUGCCAGAUACGGACUCGCAUGGACGGUGUUUGGUGGUUCCACCACCUGAAUGGGCAACUUCCAUGACUGUGGAUUCCAUAGCUCGCACUCAUCUCGACCUCGUGGAAAUCGCCACUCAAAUCGGCUCUGACUGGCCUCGCCUCGUGAAGGCACUCUUCGCUCGCGACUCCUCCGAGUUACCACCCUCGGCGGAUCAGUUGAUUGAUUGGAUCUCGCGGCGUUGCGCCUCCGCCGACACUCUGAGCGCGGCCGGACUCACGUACGAGGGGCUGCGAUGUGAUCGUGACCGUGCUCUCGCCAUCCUCCUUGCUUGGACUAUUGAAGCUGGUGAUGCUGCUACUGGCAACGAAUUGGACGUCGUGCUACGACAAAUCGGCCGCGAGGAUAUAGUGAAGAACUGUAUGCGUGAUAUCCGACCGGUGCUGGAGUUGGAUGAACGCGAAAAGUCAUAUCGAGAACUAGUCAACUGUUGUUUUCAAUCCUCUUUCUUUCCCGAUCAGGCGAAUGAGCAAAUCAAUUCAGCCGGUCAAGGUUGGGGCCCUGAAACACCAUCGACGCAUCAGGAGAUGAGGGUCACCUCGUUAAGCAGUGACUUUUCCACGGAGCACCUGGCGUCGGGUCAGCUGGAGUCAAUGGGUGAUUUGGUGGGUGAACGGGGGCUUCAUGCAAUGGAAUUUUCAUUGCCAUUGGGGGAGGAGGGCGCGAGUGAGGCGCAGAUUACAAGCACAUUAGAACCCUCGUCACCGGAGAAUGUAGAACCGGUGGAGAGGGCAGAGGUGACGCUGUUGCCAAGAGCGGAGCCGGAGAUUUCGGAGCUCUCGACGACGGAGCAAUCACAAUCCUUUGCCGUGACCGAUUCUGAAGUUCCACUGUCAAGCGAGCAAGCGGAGGCCCAAACGACCUCAGCGGAUAUGCCAACAACCCCCGCACUCGAUAUGACAAGCCGGGAGGAUGGUGAGGACGUCGUCGAGUGCUCCAGCUACUGCACGCCUUUACUUUCUCCGUUCACAGGUUGUGGCAUCACACAACGCGACUUGGACGCUGCUGUGACAGAACAGUGA